UUUGAAAUUAAACCUCGAAUCGCACAACAACAACAACACUACUGUACUGUCAGCAAACAGCAUAUUGGAAAUAUUAUUCAAGCGAACUGCGACGAAACAGGAAUAUUUGAUGACUUUCGGAGGUAACAUCGCUCAGGAUGUCUUUAGAGUUUGAAAAACUGUCGACUCACAAUUGGAGCGCUUCAGGCGUCCCGUCCCAGACGAGCCAGGUUCAGGAGGAGCAUGCGUCUCAGCAGGAGGGUCAUGUGCAGAUCAUGUACUGUAAAGAUCAGGUGUAUCAGGAAGACGCAGAGUUCAGCUUCGAAGAGCUCCGAGCGCUGCGCCACUACAAAUCUUUGAGCGAAAGAGCCUCACACCUGCAGAAACUGAAGCAGGACCUGCAGUGUCAGAUUGAGCAGAAACAGAGACUCAUUCAGCAGAGACACAGCACAGCAGAGAAACAGCAGGUUGUUCAUGAGGAGGCCAGUUCUUCCUUCCAGAAAUCUGCAGGCUCCUGUGAAUCUGAUGCUGCUGUGGUGAAAUCAGCUCCGUUCACCGUAUGCAGCGAGCAGGAGGAAGACCGUGUGGUUAGCAGUGGAAGCUCAGUGAGGCGAGAGGACGACAUGAAUCACAGUGGAAGCGACGCUAAACUGCAGAAAACAGCAAAACCUUUCACUGUUUUUGAUGAGAAUACACUGACAAAUAAAACAUCGUCUUCAGCGAACCGUAACUCUCUGAAGCUGCCCACCUUGAGUCUGAAAGGGCCGAAGUCAAAAGCAGAGUUCGUCACUGACAAACAGGACGCGUCCAUCUCUCGCUCUGAGGAAGCCAUCAUCAACAGCCACCGGAAUAAGACUCUGUGCCGGAGUCCAGAGGACACGUGUGAAUUCGCCCGUGCCGCUCAGCUCGCCUCCAGUCCGUUUGCAGGAGUCGAGAGGACAAAAGCGUCCGAAUCGGGACUGACGGAGAAUCUGAGCCGAACGGCCCCAGAGUCCACUAAAGCACCGAGCUCUGACGCGAGCGCUGAGGAGAAAAAGCUCAGUCCUAUCUUAGAGAUCAGUCAGGAGUGGGGUGGUACCUUUUCCCACAACUCCAUGAAGUGCUUAAAGGAGCUUGAGAUCAGCCGAGCCGCGGACACACUGGAGGAAGCAGUCACUGAAUCGGAGGACGUCUGCGGUUUAAGCGUCAGAUCCCGGUUGUUUCAUCAGGCAGAUGUGACGUCAUUCUCCAACUUCCAGCGGAAAACCGGGCGUCUGCCGGACACCAGCGGGGACGACCUGCGUCUCGAUGGAGAGGUGUUGGUUUACUGCGGUAAGAUGGAGACGCUGAAGGACUUCACCCUGUACUGCUCUGACACCUCUGCUGUCUUUCUGAAGGUGGAUUGGUCGGGAGUGCCGUGGGAUUUCUUCAUCAGCUCACAGCUCAGAUCUCGCCGGUCUCGUGAUGAACCGGACGCUGAUGUCCAGAUCUGCUGUUAUGUGUUUGAGAACGGCUGCAUGACUCUCUGGAGGAUUCCUCACGGAGACACCCUUCAGGAUCUUCUGGCCGAGCCCAGUGCUGCAGACGAUGUUUCUCUGCUAGUGGUUCUGUUGCUGGAGCUGGUCAAACAGUUUCAUUCCUGUCGAGUGGUUCACGGAGGCCUGAAGCCAGAGUCGCUGUAUUUCUACCUGAGCGGCAUCACAGCACUGGAUUUCUCAAACUCCGUGGAUCUGCAGCUCCAGACUGACGUCACAACAGCACAAGCUCUUCCUUCUGCUCAGAAAUACAUACAGCAGGGUCUCCUGUCGCCUUCUGCCUCGCCUUAUCAGGUCGAUCUGAUCAGCGUUGCAGAAGUCGUGCACAUGCUGCGGUUUAAUCGCCCGAUGAAAGUGAAGCAGGAAAACUCGGCCUGGAGUUUAGAUGAAGGAUCUGGAUCUCAGCACAGCGUUCGCGUCGAGCCUUUAUGGAAAGACUUUUUCCGCAUGAUUUUGAAUCCAGAACAGAAGUCUUCAGCUCUGGUUUUGUCUGAGCUCAUCAGUAACGUGAGGAACAGCUUAUGAAGUCAAGCUACUCUCAUUUGUUGUAAAAUAAUAGCAGCAGCAGAGCAAAUGAAUUGGGGGCUGUGUUAAUUAAUGUUAUAUAUUGCUUUUUAUACACAUUUAAUAAACAGUUUUC